CUCCCGAUAGGCGAAACUUGCGACUCGGAAAGACUUGUGCAUUUCCACAGCUACCUACAUGAUCCACCUGAGAAAUUGUGACACAAAAUUGUUCUACUUCAUCUGUGUUAACUGUAUUUUGGUCUCAUGCUCCUCAGCCAGUGGUAUUGGGGUUAGAGUUGACAUAUGGUUUCCCAUCAGGGUCAGCCUGGCAACAAUGAGUGAGAAGUCGGUUGUUAAUCAUCAGUGAACAGCGAACUAAGGGCCCAAGACUGACUGCUA